AUGGCCCCGUCCUUCAACCUCCAUCCUCACCCCGUCGAGACUGGACGACCUGUCAGUCGCGAGGACGAAAAUCWGGUCAUUCCCAAUCGCACCUCGUCGUUACACUCGCGCAUCACCCAGCCACUCCCCGGCGCCAUGAUGCAGCAGAGAACGGGGAACCGGGCUCCCAAGACCCUCACGCAUGCCUACAUGGUAUGCGGCGUGGGCAGAGAGCCUUCGCAGUGGGUCAAGGCUCCAUCGCCAGCCCAAGGCAAGAUUGGCCAUCUCAAAGGUGCCGUCGGCCAGUUCUGGCUCCCCGAGAUUCUGGGCAGCAGCCCCAGACUGGAACAGGACAACGAGAUAGCGCGUGCUCUACACGCUGCGAUGAGGGCAUGUUUCCCGCACGACGUCGAAAUUUGCACGGGUGCCAGCCAACCGCACUGCGUCCACCACUCCUUCGUACUGCAACAGGACUCCUCCCACACCCUCUAUGGCAUUGCUCUCCGGGUGUGGUCCAGGGCGGACGAGAAGCGUGCAGAGACGAUUCGAGAUCUGCGCAAGCGGACAGAGCCCGAUUACUACCACACUCCUGGCGAGACUUAUUGGAUCCCAUAUUGUUUGUCUUUCCUUUCCAGAUAUCCUCUCUACAAUCUUCUGGGUGACUACCUUCGCGGCAUGUGGAUUCACUGGAACAAGGCAACCAACCUCUUCCAUGCUGAGGAGGUCUCCCGAAUCCUAAGCUUCCCGGCUCCACGCUUGAACGAUCUCGUGCGAAUCGACAUGAAGGACUAUGCCCUCUGCUAUCAAUUUCCAUCCUCCCCCACCGGCUUCCAAAACUUCGCCAUGUGGCCGCUCUUCUCCUGCCUGUCGAUUCCGAACAUCGUCGGCGUGCUGGAGGCUGCCGUGUCCCCGACUCGCCGCAUAAUCUUCAUCUCCCACUAUCCCGCCAUGCUCACCGUCGCCACCGAAAGUGUGCGCUACCUUGUCCGCGUAUACGAAUGGAGUGGAUUGUACGUACCGGUCGUGCACGCUCGCCAUGCAAGAGAGCUAGUGCAGGAGCCGGGCCCAUACAUACUCGGUAUGACCGCCGAAUGUCGAACCUUGUUCACUGCGCCUUCGGAUGCGCUGGUGGUAGACCUCGACCGAAAUUUUGUCCUCACAUCGAGCCCACCGAACGCUUGGACGACCAGACAACGAUCAAAAUUGAUCAAUCGCGUUACACAGGCUCUCAACGGCGAUGUGGCCCCAUCUGGUGUACCCGCGCAUCUGCGUUCGGCCUACGGGGGCGGGAAACUCAUCCCUGCUGGUCAAAUAAUAGUCAUGCGAGGUGAAGUGGAGAGUGUUCAGGAUCCGGGCUGGUGGAAUCAGGGCGAGGUCAUGAAGGUCAUGGAUCACGCAUGCGAGAAAUUGGGCAAGAACACGGGCGUAAGAGCUGUAUUUGGCGGUGCUCAGAAGAAGCCACUCAUGACCAAGGUGUCGAUGAGACAUCUCAAUGAGAUUGUUCGCGAGCGCAACCAAUACUCCCGGGACGCAAUGGAGGCCUGGCAAGACUUCAUCAACCUCAAAGGACGAAUGGACACCGAGCUUACCAAAGUCUCGAAGCGCAACAACUUCUUGGUCGAAGAGCUCGAGAGCUGGAAGCAGCAGUUUCUCAAGUUCCAAGCGUUUGCUGAACAGCUCACAAAGGAGACGAGCGAGCUCAAGAUCAAGAUUGAGGGCCACAAGCGUGAGAACAGACGUCUCACUAGUCUUAUGGACCAACAAAAAGAUGACGCUGCUCGUCUCACCGUGCGCUUGUCAGGUACGGAGAAGCAACGAGACGAUGCUCUCGAGGCACUUGUGCUGCAACAAGAAAUCGCCGAGGAGCUGGAGAGAGAGCGCAAGAGGAACAAGAAGGACCUCUCUGCUCUACAACACACCAACACGACGUUGCUCCGACAACGUGACGAGGCGCAGCGUGUCGUUCUCCACUUGCGUGCCUUGAUUGACGGUCAAGCACACCACAUGGAACACAUCGUCAAGUCUCUCAGCUAUGUGCCCGAGACUCUCGAGUUCUUGGACGCUGAGGAUGACUCAACCGAGACUGGCGAGACAGAAUCGAAGGAACAGCAGGGAGUUACUCACACUCCGGCCUCAAAUCGCCCUGCCAGUGGAGUUUGGUCAAGGGCUCCUUCACGCGCGAGCACACGAAUGUCACAAUAUCGUGUGGAUGGUGAGGACUUCACUACAGUCUCGGACUCUCGUCUCCUGAUGACAGCGGCUACUCGCAAACGCCUGUCUGAACACAGCAUGGCUGACGUUGCAGACCGUCACCUUCGAGACAAAACAGACGCAAUCGCCUACAUAAUCCGAAACAUCUCCGAGCAGUGCGCUGCCGCGGUGGAAGGCUUGGACCUUGCUCGUCGCGCCGACACCGGCAGCAGUGAAGGCGGAGACGAGGACCAAAGGUCGGAGUCGGGCAAGAAGAGAGGGAAACGCGCCGUCAGGAACUCCCGCGCGGACUCUGUCGACGUCGACGUUGACCAGCAGAGCAACGGCUCGGAGUCUGAAUUCAGCGAUAUUCGCUCUGAAGCAACCAACAGCUAUCUGCACCCCAAGCGUGCAUCCUCCAACGUGCCUCCCACUCCGGAACUGGUACACGAUCGCAGCYCUACCAGCAUGAGCAUCGCCAGCGAAAGCACGGCGGCCACGCCACAGCGAGACAGCAUGCAAAGCCAGUAUCGCCAUACGGAAGAGGGCAUCCCAGAGAUACCCACCCACAUUGUCGAUCACGACGCCCUCGAAGCUCYCGAAGAGGAAGAGCCAGUAACAAAAUUCAACUCGCGUGGACUUGAGCGCUACACAACGGCCGAGCAAACACGAUGA